GUAUACCUUAUUCCAUCUCUCCAUCUCAUUUUUUUCAAUUAUAUUCCUAAAUCCAUUCCCCUAAUUCAAAACAUCAUCAGCACUACCAUCCAUCCCUACAAAAAUAAUUUAUCCCCCGGUCCCCAAGGCUCCCCCCCACCAUGCGCACCUUCUUCUCUCGCUCCCCCGAUCUCGAAGGCGGACAAAAUCGCAGCUACAAAAAAGGAUUUACAGGCGACCAUCGCGGCCGCUCCCACAUCCCCCCCAACCCCUCUCCCCUCUUCACCCCCCAAUCCCAAUAUUCCCCCUUCAGCCUCCCUUCCACCUCCUACCGACACGACACCAUCUUCCGCGCGCCUCCCAGUCCUAGCCCCAAGAGCGUCACCUUCAGCGAGCCUUCGUGGAGUGCGGUUCCCGGGCCUGGAAAUGUUUCUGGACAUGGUCCUGCGGCUGCGUCUGCGUCUGCGUCUGCACGUGUGGGGGAAAAGGGAUACUGGGAUUUGGACGACGAGCAAAUUUCACGGCUUCGGGAGGUUUUGGGCGGGGUUCCCGAGAGAGCAUCGCCCCGGAUGCAGAGGGCAAGGAGAGGGUUUAGUUGGAGCGAUCCUGAUGAGCGGGCUUUUUGUACUUCUCCUGUCCCGCUGUCGCCACACUCGCGGCUGAAGAAAAAUCUCAAGCAGAAAGUUGCGGAACAGCAGUUUCGGAGACGGAAUCAGAGUGGGAGCGCGGUGCAGAGUCAGGAUGGGUUGCUGGGGGAUGCGGAGAGGGUGGAGUAUCAAACGAGGGUUUUUAGGGAGGUGUUGGGGAUGGCGUUGGGGAGGAGGGGGGAGGAGGAGAUGGGGGGGAGGGAGAUGGAUGCGGAUGGGGAUGGAGAUGCGGAGGGAGAGGGAAAGAGACCGGUUGUGCAGAGGAGGGGUGCGAGUGAGGGGGUGAGAGAGGGUGGGUUUACGGGAAAGGUGGAGAGGGAGAGGGAGAGUGCGAGAGAGGAGGAUGUAGGGCCGAGAGAUUUGAGUGAGUUUUUGGAGAAAUAUGAUCCAAGACCGGAGGAUCUACCGGAUGUUUAUCCAAUGGGUGAACAUAGAGCGAUGCUGAGAACUAUGUACAUGGAAGAUAUUUUGCAUUCGACGGCGAAAUUGCAUAUGCAUAAUUGGAUCUUGAUGAGUCGGAAUGAGGAAUAUGAUAAUUUACGCAUUCCCGCGCGCUGGGACCAAAUCCAAGAAGAUCUCGAGAAAUACAGUCCGUCUCACCCAUCUCUCAUUUCUCAUUUUAACCCCACUAACACUCCCCCCCCCCUCCUUCUAGCCCGCUCAAUCCGCAACUACGAAUACUGGCUCACGUCUCUGAUCCCUCGUCUCGAACUCCCCAAGACUUCUCUCCCCCCGCGCUUCCAUCUCUACGGCAAACAGCUUGCGAUUCUCGAAUGUGCGCGCGCGUGGAAUCGUCCGUGCGAAGAGCCGUUGGUGGCGGAGUUGGAGCGGAAGUUGGUGGCGUAUCAGACGGAUUGGAGUGUGAGUAAUGGGGUUUGGAGGGGGGUGAGGAGGGAGACGAGGAAGAGGGGUUGGGGGAGUGGGAGAGGGUGGGGAAGCGGUGUGGGGAGGGGAUUGGGGGGUGUGAUUGGUGAGUAUUUUUUUGAGUUUCUCUGAGUUUCUUUGAGUUUGGGUUUGUUGUUGGAUAUACUUGUACACCAGAAACUUACACUCUACCAUCUACCCUCCCCCGAAAUCAUAAUCACAAUCACCACUAAACCCCCUACUAACCACCCUCCCCUCAAGGCGGAAGCAGCAUCCUGGCGCCCAUCAGCAUUCUCCUCCUCUGGCCAGGCGGCAUAUCCAAAACCGGCGGCGUAGGAAUCAUCGGUGUAAGCGUCGCGAUUCUAGGGAUCAUAUUAGUAUGGAUUGUGGAUGGGGGAGGGCCGAAAAAAAGUGGAUGGGAGGGGAUUGAGGGGGAGAGGGAGAGGGAUGGGAGAGGGCGAGGAGGAAUUUGGGGAGGGGGUCAUGGGGAAUGGGGAAUCAAGGAUGUGAUGGUGGUUUUGGGGGCGUAUGCGGGGGUUUUGGCGGUGUUUUUGGGAGUGGCGGUUGUGUAGUUAGAUUGGGAUUGGAUUAGAUUGGAGAUUGGAGAUUGGAGAUUGGGAGGAAAAUAAAUGGUUUUUGUGCUGCUUGGGCCCUAUUAAUGUGAUCAUCUUA